ACACAACAAAUGCCCCUCCGCGUAGCAGUCCUCGGAAGCACCGGCUUCACAGGCUCGUACCUAACCGUCGAGCUGCUUCACCGGGGGCACACGGUAAUAGGACUCUCGCGGGACCCGUCGAAGAUCGGGUCGCACGCGCGCUACGAACCGUGCAGCAUCGAUAUCGCGGAGCGCAGUUUCACGGAGCUGAGGGAGGUCUUGGAGGACAAAGUUCGGUGCGAGGUUCUGAUCGUCGCGUAUGGUCCUGGACCGAAUGGUGGUGGGGAGGACGGCGUGUAUAUGACAUUCCUCGAAACCGUCCGCAAAGCCAUUCUCGCCGUAAAAACAAUCAAAAACAACGAGGGAUCCGGAAAAAACAAGCGCCCUUAUUUGAUUUUUAUAGGCGGCGCCGGAUCCCUCCACGCCCCCUCAACCCACGAAGCCUGCAUAGACACUCCAACCUUCCUCCUUGCCUACCGCCGCGCCCUCGGCACCUCCGCCGCGCAAAUCGCAUACAUGGAAGCGCGCGCGGGCACCUUACUCCCAGGCCUCCACGCGUACCGCUCCGCCCGGAUCUCGCAAACCAACGGCACCGCAACAGCAGCAGAGCUCUCCACCAUCACGGCGUUUGACAGCGACGACGAGAGUAUGAAAAGCGCGGUGCGGUUCAUCAAGGCGGCGCGGGCGGCGUAUUUGUUUUUCGAGGGGGACGAGGGGUUUGAGUGGAGUUUUGUUAGUCCCGCGGCUUUGUAUCGGGCGGGGCGCGGGACUGGGGGGUAUGAGGUAAAGGUUGAUGAGGUGGUGUUGGUUGGGGAGAGGAGAGAGGGGGAGAGUGUUUUUGAGGGACGGUUGACCGGGGUGCAGGCUGGGGAUUUGGCGAGGGCGGUGGUUGAUGAGGUUGAGGGGAGGAGGUUGGUUUGGAGGCAUUGGUGUGCUUGGGGGGAUGUUGAGGGGGUGGAAGGAAGUGGGGAGGUUGUGUUGGGGUUGGGGGAGUGUGUGGGGUGA